UUUUUCUAAAUUAAAAGGAACUGUUUUUUUUUUCUUGUUGUUACGACUUGCCAUAAAAUUGUUCUUAAGAUUUGUAAUUUAAGAUAUGGUUUAUUCUUUACCACCAUUCUUCUUGUUUCAUGCAACAAGAAUAAAAACUGACUGCCCCUUUUAACGGUGAUGAUGAUGAUGACGAUGAUGGUGGUGGUAUAAAAAUAUAAAAUAGUAUAACAAGUGAAAGUUACAAGGAUAUCAAGGAUAUUCUUUUCGUGAUUCCUUUUUUCUUGUUGUUGUUUUUUUGUGCGUUUUGUCUUGGUUAUUUCGUUUAAAGUUUAUCAAAACCGAACUGUCAUGUUAAAAACACCAAGUAAAUUGUUUUGUUUACAAUUUGAUUGAUAAGUUUGACAGAUUUGAAAAAGAAGUUUUUUUUAACUUCGUUUGGACUUUUUUUCGUGUCAAAAGUGAAGGUCUAAAUGUCCUGAGAGAAAAAACAAGUGUUUUGUUAAAGUUUUUAAAGUUAAACAGAUUUUCACAUAAAAAUAAAAAUUGAUUUGUAAUGAAAAGAACAAAAUCAUAAUCAAAAGUGACAAUUUUAUAUUUUUGUAUGCUGACCAAUAAAAAUAAAUAAAAACAUAAUCACAUAUUAAAUUAUACAUAUUCAACAAGAAAUCAAAAUAUCAAAUACAAAUCGUACCUGUAUGCAGAAAUAUCAACAUUUUUUUUGGUGAUAUUACGGCCAAUAAAACAAACUUUAUACUCCUCAAAAGAUCAUUUUAAAACAAUAAGCUAAAAAAACUGUAUCGUUUGUUGUGGUAAAUUAUAAUGCAACAUCAUCCAGGAUCAUGGUAUCUUCCUUGGGGCGUUCCUUUACAAAAAAUGCUCGCAGUACCCUUUCAACAUCCAGCUGCUGUUGCCUACGCAUCCCCACAAUCACCAACAGCAGCAUCAGUUCCUUGUCCUGUGGCACAGAGCCAACAUUGCCCGAAUCCACAACAAGCCCCCAAUCAAACUUACCCGCCUCAUCAUCAAAUUCACGCAGCCGUUGCAUUGCACCGCAACUCGAAUGCAGCCGCCUUACACACCUCCGCAGCAGCAGCUGCUGCUGUCGCUGCUCGUCAUCAACAACAUCCACAUGCACAACAUCAUCCACAAAAUAUGCAUCCAGCUGCUGCAGCUGCUCUAUUCACACCGAUGUCGCUGGGAACAUUUCUUGCGUCAUCAUCGCCACAUCUAGCUGGUCUAGCGGCAGCACAACAAACCCUCACACCCUGCGGAACUGUUCAUCAGCAGCCAAACCAUCUACUCAAAGGCAAUCCAACAAAUCAGAAUCAAUCACAAUUGGCGGCGGCAAUGAAUCUGAAUGUCGGCGUGAUUACAAUGCGGCAAUCUAAUACUCCAACGGCUGCAGUGUUGCCAGUAGCAAUGAAAAAGAUAAUAACUCAAUGUGACAAGGAGAAGCUAAGAUUACCAAAUCCAGAAAAAAGAAAAGCGGACGAAAAUGACCAAGUUAAAGACUUGAAAAAGGCAAAACUUGAAACAAAAGCAUUAAAAGCUAAAAGACCAGGAUUCACGGACGAACGCUACCACGAGACGUCAUAUUUUAUUGAAAAUGGUCUCCGAAAGGUAUAUCCGUAUUAUUUUACUUUUACCACAUUCACCAAAGGCAGAUGGGUGGGCGAAAAAAUACUUGAUGUAUUUGCUAGAGAAUUUCGAGCUCAUCCCGCCGAAGAAUAUGAACGUUGUAUCAAUGCUGGUACGUUGACCGUUAACUAUGAUAAAGUGCCAAUUGAUUAUAGAUUAAAGCAUAAUGACUUGCUGGCAAAUAUUGUUCAUAGACAUGAAGUUCCCGUCACUAGUCAACCAAUCACAAUAGUACACAUGGACGAAGAUAUUGUGGUUGUGAAUAAGCCGGCAUCAAUACCUGUUCAUCCAUGUGGAAGAUACAGACACAACACCGUUGUUUUCAUACUAGCAAAAGAAUACAAUUUAAAAAAUCUAAGGACAAUUCAUAGAUUAGAUCGGCUUACGUCUGGUCUUUUAUUAUUCGGAAGAAGUCCGAAGAAAGCCAGACAAAUGGAACAUCAAAUACGUAAUCGGCAAGUACAAAAGGAAUACAUUUGUCGUGUUGAAGGAGAAUUUCCUGAAGGCGUAAUUGAAUGUAAAGAACCAAUUGAAGUUGUUAGUUACAAAAUUGGAGUUUGCAAAGUAUCACCCAAGGGUAAAGAUUGUACUACGACCUUUCAAAAGAUCGCUCACAAUGGCAAAACAAGUGUAGUUCUUUGCAAACCCUUAACUGGGCGAAUGCAUCAGAUCCGAGUACAUCUGCAAUAUCUGGGAUAUCCGGUUGUAAAUGACCCUUUGUAUAAUCAUGAAGUCUUUGGACCUUUAAAGGGUCGUGGUGGUGAUAUAGGUGGAAAGACCGACGAACAGUUGGUUCGAGACUUAAUUAAUAUCCAUAAUGCAGAAAAUUGGCUGGGUAUUGAUGGUGACUCGGAACUAUCAUUAUUUAAAUCAAUCAAAUCAGAUGGAGAUGUAGAUAUAUUAACUGGUGGAUCAAAAGGUAUUUUGAUGAGUGACGAUGAUUCAGAAAUUGUGUCUCGAGAAACAUCGCCGUGUUCAGAAAGUCCAAGACCAGUGGUAACAGAAGCUGAAAGCAUAAAUGACAAUACAACAAUAAAUAUUUCCAGUAACAUGCAUGUUACAACAUCCAAUGAUGACUUAGCGAUCGAUUUACAAUCACAAGAAAAGGUAACAGUAGCAACUCAAACAGGACAUGAAUGUCCGGAUAUGGCAUUUAAUGCUGAAAAAAUGACCACAGAUAAGCACUGCUACGAAUGCAAAGUACGAUAUAGGGACCCUAAGCCAAAGGAUUUAGUUAUGUAUUUGCAUGCUUGGAAAUAUAAAGGUCCUGGUUGGGAGUAUGAAACUGAACUACCCGAAUGGGCGGGACUCAACUGGGAAGAGACAACAUCCGAUUAAAAAAACACAAAAUCUGAUGUAAAUUCUAAAAACAUGUGCAUUUUAGUAUUUAAAGAAAAAAGUUUACUCGCACAAGAUGGCUGGAUUUUUUAUACAAUGUAUAUCAAUUCUUAAAAUAAUAUUAUCACACAUUU